UGUGAAUCCAAACUGGAUGGCCCAGGUCAAACUUCAGGGUUUCAUCGCAAUGAGGAUAUGAAGGCCAUUGAUGUGCUUCCUAUCCUCAAGGAGAAGGUCGCCUUUCUCUCAGGUGGCAGAGACAGACGUGGAGGUCCCGUUCUCACCUUUCCAGCACGAAGCAACCAUGACAGAAUACGACCCGAAGACCUGCGCAGGCUCAUAGCCUACCUGGCUACUAUUCCCAGUGAGGAGGUGGCCAGACAUGGCUUCACAGUCAUUGUGGACAUGCGUGGUUCUAAGUGGGACAGCAUCAAGCCUCUGCUGAAAAUCCUCCAGGAGUCUUUCCCGUCUUGUAUCCACGUCGCUCUCAUCAUCAAGCCAGACAACUUCUGGCAGAAGCAGAGGACCAACUUCGGCAGCUCCAAGUUUGAAUUUGAGACGGUGAUGGUCUCCUUAGAGGGUUUAUCCAAGAUCGUGGACUCAUCCCAGCUGACAGCGGACUUUGAGGGCAGUUUAGAGUACAACCAUGAUGAAUGGAUUGAGGUGCGGCUGUCUUUUGAGACCUUUGCCAGCGACUCAGCACGGGCGCUUGCACGCCUUGAGGAGCUCCAGGAAACCUUGUCCCAGCGUGAUCUCCCGCGGGACCUGGAGGGGGCUCGACGGCUUAUGGAAGAACAUGCAUCGCUGAAAAAAAGGGCCACUAAGGCAUCGGUGGAGGAGCUGGAUGCGCAGGGACGAAGGCUGCUACAAAGGCUACAGUUACACGCUGCAGGAGGUGGAAGUAGCAGUGAAGGCGGGUACGGUAACCGUGGUAGUGGAGCGAGUGGAGAUCCCAACGACCAUCACCAUGGCUUCCAUGUGCAUGCGGACGCACACAACCUAGUGGCCAAAGUGACGGGUUUGUUGGAUAAAUUACAUGGGACACGCCAGAAUCUGCAGCAGCUGUGGCACAUGAGGAAACUGAAGUUGGACCAGUGUUUCCAGUUGCGUCUGUUCGAACAGGACGCAGAGAAGAUGUUCGACUGGAUCAUGCACAACAAGGGGCUUUUCCUCACGAGUUAUACAGAGAUCGGAGGGAAUCACCAGCAUGCUGUAGAGCUGCAGACCCAGCACAACCACUUUGCCAUGAACUGCAUGAAUGUGUACGUGAACAUCAAUCGGAUCAUGUCAGUAGGAAACCGGCUCCUGGAAUCAGGCCACUACGCCUCCCAGCAGAUCCAGCAGAUCUCAGGACAGCUGGAGCAGGAGUGGAAGGCCUUUGCUGCAGCACUGGACGAACGCAGCACACUGCUGGAGAUGUCUGCCAGCUUCCACCAGAAAGCAGACCAGUACAUGAGUAAAGUGGAGCCAUGGUGUAAGGCAUGUGGUGAAGGAGAGCUGCCCUCUGAACUCCAGGAUCUGGAAGACACAAUCCACCAUCACCAGGGAUUAUAUGAGCACAUCACAACGGCAUACUCUGAGGUAAGCCAGGAUGGGAAGUCUCUUUUGGACAAACUACAGCGACCUUUGACCCCAGGGAGUGCCGAUUCAUUGAUGGCAUCAGCUAACUACUCCAAGGCUGUGCACCACGUCCUAGACAUCAUCCAUGAGGUGCUGCAUCACCAGAGACAGCUGGAAAACAUUUGGCAGCACCGCAAAGUCCGCCUGCAUCAACGGCUGCAGCUGUGUGUCUUUCAGCAGGAUGUACAGCAAGUGCUGGACUGGAUAGAAAACCAUGGCGAGGCCUUCCUCAGUAAACACACUGGUGUUGGGAAGUCUCUACACAGAGCCAGGGCUCUGCAGAAGAGACAUGAAGACUUUGAGGAGGUUGCACAGAACACCUACACCAAUGCUGACAAAUUGCUAGAGGCAGCAGAGCAGCUGGCCCAGACCGGAGAGUGUGACCCAGAGGAAAUUUACCAGGCUGCCCACCAGCUAGAGGAUCGCAUCCAGGACUUUGUGCGGCGUGUCGAGCAGCGUAAAGUCCUGCUGGACAUGUCUGUUGCUUUUCACACUCACGUCAAAGAGCUGUGGACGUGGUUGGAGGAGCUUCAGAAGGAGCUGCUGGAUGAUGUGUAUGCCGAGUCAGUGGAAGCUGUGCAGGACUUGAUCAAGCGUUUCGGCCAGCAGCAGCAGACCACCCUGCAGGCUACUGUCAAUGUCAUCAAGGAGGGAGAGGACCUCAUACAGCAGCUUAGAGACUCGGCCAUCUCAAGCAACAAGACUCCCCACAACAGCUCCAUGGCCCACAUCGAGAGCGUGCUGCAGCAGCUGGAUGAAGCCCAGGGUCAGAUGGAGGAGCUGUUCCAAGAAAGGAAGAUCAAACUGGAGCUUUUCCUCCAGCUCCGCAUCUUCGAGAGGGAUGCCAUUGACAUCAUCUCAGACCUGGAGUCAUGGAACGAGGAACUGUCCCAGCAGAUGAGUGACUUUGACACAGAGGACCUGACGUUGGCUGAGCAAAGGCUACAGCAUCAUGCAGACAAGGCGCUCACUAUGAACAACCUCACCUUUGACGUCAUCCACCAGGGACAAGAGUUGCUGCAGUAUGUCACAGAGGUCCAGGCGUCUGGUGUGGAGCUGCUAUGCGACAGAGAUGUGGACAUGGCCACACGGGUCCAGGACCUGCUGGAGUUUCUCCACGAGAAGCAGCAGGAGUUGGACCUGGCAGCAGAGCAGCACAGGAGACAUCUGGAGCAGUGUGUCCAAUUAAGGCAUCUGCAGGCUGAAGUCAAACAGGUUCUGGGUUGGAUCCGUAAUGGUGAGUCAAUGCUGAACGCUGGUCUCAUCACAGCCAGUUCGUUACAAGAAGCCGAACAGUUGCAGAAGGAACACGAACAAUUCCAACAUGCAAUAGAGAAAACCCAUCAGAGUGCGCUGCAGGUACAGCAGAAGGCUGAGGCCUUACUCCAGGCAAACCACUACGACAUGGAUAUGAUCAGAGACUGUGCUGAAAAGGUGGCAGACCAUUGGCAGCAGCUGAUGCUGAAGAUGGAGGACCGACUAAAGCUGGUUAAUGCUUCUGUGGCCUUCUACAAGACCUCUGAACAGGUCUGCAGUGUGUUAGAAAGCCUGGAGCAGGAGUACAAGAGAGAAGAGGACUGGUGUGGUGGUGCUGAUAAAUUGGGCCCAAACAGUGAGUCAGACCACGUCACCCCCAUGAUCAGCAAACAUCUGGAACAGAAAGAGGCCUUCCUCAAGGCCUGUACGUUAGCCAGGCGUAAUGCUGAUGUCUUCUUGAAGUACCUGCACAGAAACAGUGUCAACAUUCCUGGCAUGUUGUCCCAUGUCAAAGCUCCAGAGACUCAGGUUAAGAAUAUCUUGAAUGAGUUACUGCAGAGAGAGAACAGAGUGCUCCACUUCUGGACAAUGAGGAAGCGGAGGCUGGACCAGUGCCAGCAAUAUGUAGUGUUUGAACGCAGCGCCAAACAGGCCCUGGAGUGGAUCCAUGACACUGGGGAGUUUUACCUGUCCACACACACAUCAACCGGCUCCAGCAUCCACCACACACAGGAGCUGCUAAAAGAGCACGAAGACUUCCAGAUUACAGCAAAGCAAACCAAAGAGCGGGUAAAGCUGUUGAUCCAGCUGGCGGAUGGGUUUUGUGACAAGGGCCACGCCCAUGCCCUGGAGAUAAAGAAAUGGGUGUCCUCAGUGGACAAGCGCUACAGGGACUUCUCUCUCCGCAUGGACAAAUACCGAACCUGCCUGGAAACAGCCCUUGGCAUUUCUUCUGACUCCAACAAGGCUAGCAAAGAGCUCCAGCUGGACAUCAUUCCAGCCAGUGCCCCAGGGUCAGAGGUCAAGUUGAGGGAUGCUGCCCAUGAGCUCAAUGAAGAGAAGAGGAAGUCAGCAAGACGGAAAGAAUUUAUAAUGGCAGAGCUGAUUCAAACAGAGAAAACCUACGUCAGAGACCUACGGGAGUGUAUGGAUACAUACCUGUGGGAGAUGACCAGCGGUGUAGAGGAGAUUCCUCCUGGUAUCGUCAACAAGGAACACAUUAUCUUUGGGAACAUGCCGGACCUCUACGAGUUUCAUCACAAUAUCUUCCUGAAAGAGUUGGAGAAGUAUGAGCAGCUUCCAGAGGAUGUCGGCCAUUGUUUUGUGACUUGGGCUGAUAAGUUCCAGAUGUAUGUGAACUACUGUAAGAACAAGCCUGACUCCACUCAGCUCAUCCUGGAACAUGCUGGACCCUACUUUGAUGAAAUCCAGCAAAGACAUCGCCUGGCCAACUCCAUCUCCUCUUACCUGAUCAAACCAGUCCAGAGAAUCACUAAAUACCAGCUCCUUCUCAAGGAGUUGUUGACAUGCUGUGAGGAGGGUAAAGGUGAGAUAAAGGAUGGUCUUGAAGUCAUGCUGAGUGUCCCCAAGAGAGCCAAUGAUGCAAUGCACCUCUCUAUGCUGGAUGGGUUUGAUGGGAACAUAGACUCCCAGGGAGAGUUGAUACUUCAGGAGUCUUUCCAGGUAUGGGAUCCCAAGACUCUGAUCCGGAAGGGUCGCGAGCGACACCUGUUCCUCUUCGAGAUGUCCCUGGUCUUUAGCAAAGAGGUCAAAGACUCCAAUGGGCGCAGCAAGUACCUGUACAAGAGCAAGCUCUUUACAUCAGAGCUUGGAGUGACAGAACAUGUGGAGGGAGAUCCUUGUAAGUUUGCCCUGUGGGUGGGCAGAACCCCGACUUCAGACAACAAGAUCGUCCUCAAGGCUUCAAGUAUUGACAACAAGCAGGACUGGAUCAAACACAUUAGGGAGGUGAUCCAGGAGCGAACUGUCCACCUGCGUGGAGCUCUAAAGGAGCCCAUCCACAUCCCUAAAGCCACCACAGGCAAACACAAAGGCAGACGGGACGGAGAGGAGCUGGACAGCCAGGGAGACGCCAGCAGCCAACCGGAUACCAUCUCCAUCGCCUCACGUACAUCCCAGAACACACUGGACAGUGAUAAGCUGUCCGGUGGCUGUGAGUUGACAGUGGUGAUCCACGACUUUUUGGCCAGCAAUGGUGGCAGCAGUGGGGAGCUGACAGUGAGGCGAGGCCAAACUGUGGAGGUCCUGGAGCGACUCCACGAUAAGCCAGACUGGUGCCUGGUGAGGACCACAGACCGCUCUCCAGCCCAGGAGGGUAUCGUGCCCUGCUCCAUGCUCUGCAUCGCUCACUCCAGGUCUUCCAUGGAGAUGGAGGGGCUCUUCAACCACAAAGACACCCUGUCUGUAUCCAGUAAUGACACCCUGCAACCAGGCUCCAGCCAAACCCUGGGUCCGCACAGCUCACCAGGGCCCAAACGUCCUGGAAACACCUUGAGGAAGUGGCUGACCAGCCCUGUGCGACGGCUGAGCUCGGGCAAAGCUGAUGGCCACGUCAAGAAGCUUGCCCACAAGCACAAGAAGAACCGCGACGGCACAAGGAAGAACAUGGACACAAUGGUCGGCUCGCAGAAGGACUCUGAUGACAGCGCCGCCACGCCUCAGGACGAGACACUGGAGGAACGUAUGCGUAAUGAGGGGCUGAGCAGUGGUACUCUGUCCAAGUCUUCCUCAUCAGGCAUGCAGAGCUGUGGUGAGGAGGAAGGAGAGGAGGGGGCAGACGCUGUCCCGCUACCUCCCCCUAUGGCCAUCCAGCAACACAGCCUGCUGCAGCCCGACUCCCAAGAUGACAAGUCUGGAUCUCGUCUGAACGCUCGUCCCAACAGUUCAGAGACACCCAGUGCUGCUGAACUGGUCAGUGCCAUCGAAGAGCUUGUGAAGAGCAAGAUGUCACUGGAGGAUCGUCCCAGUUCUCUGUCAGUAGAGCAGGGGGACAGCAGCUCUCCCUCCCUCAACCCCUCCGACAACUCCCUCCUCUCCUCCUCCUCACCCAUCGAUGAGGUGGACGAGCGCAAGUCAAGCUUCUUCAAGAGAAGACAUUAUGUGCUUCUAGAGCUGGUGGAGACUGAGAGAGACUAUGUCAGAGAUCUGGGAUCAGUGGUGGAGGGCUACAUGAGCAGGAUGAAAGAGGAAGGAGUUCCAGAUGACAUGAGAGGAAAAGACAAGAUUGUCUUUGGAAACAUCCAUCAGAUCUAUGACUGGCACAAAGAUCUUUUCCUAGGAGAGCUUGAGAAGUGUUUGGAGGAUCCUGACAGGCUGGCUCCUUUAUUUGUCAAACAGGAGCGGAGGCUACACAUGUACAUUGUGUACUGCCAGAAUAAACCUAAAUCCGAGCACAUUGUGUCAGAGUACAUCGACACUUACUUUGAAGACCUCAAGCAGCGUUUAGGACACAGAUUGCAGAUCACUGACCUACUAAUCAAACCUGUCCAACGUAUAAUGAAGUACCAGUUACUCCUGAAGGAUCUUCACAAAAUAUCUAAGAAGGCUGGAAUGGAUACGACAGAGCUGGAGAAAGCUGUAGAGGUGAUGUGUGUGGUCCCUAAACGCUGCAAUGACAUGAUGAAUGUCGGGCGCCUUCAAGGCUUCGAUGGUAAAAUUGUGGCUCAGGGCAGAUUGCUCCUCCAAGACACGUUCAUGGUGUCAGACCAGGAUGGAGGACUUCUGUCCAGGAUGAAAGAGAGGAGAGUCUUCCUUUUUGAGCAGAUUGUAAUCUUCAGCGAGCCCAUAGACAAAAAGAAAGGCUUCUCUACUCCUGGCUACCUUUUCAAGAACAACAUCAAGGUGAGCUGGUUGGGUUUAGAAGAAAAUGCAGAAGACCCCUGCAAGUUCACGCUCACCUCCAGAUCAUCUAGUGGCAACCUGGAGAGGUACAACCUCCAUUCAAUGAGCCCCGGAGUCAGUCAGGUCUGGGUCCACCAGGUCAGCCAAAUACUGGAGAACCAGCGAAAUUUCCUAAAUGCUCUAACAUCCCCCAUAGAGUACCAGAGAAACCACGUGGGUGGUGGCGGGCCGGGCGGUCCACCCAGCAGUAGCAGCAGUAGUACUGGAGGUCUGCCAGGAGGCAGCAGCUCAAACAGUACCACCAACAUAGGAGGGGGAGGCGGCGGCGGCGGCUCUGGAGGAUCAGGGGGCAGCUCCUCUUCUCUGUGCGGCCCUCGCACCCGACCCUCCCGCAUCCCCCAGCCAUCCUCACGCCUCCCCCAGCCCGUCCACCACCACCAUCCCCGGGCCCUGAGGGACACCCCCACAAAUGGAGAGGCGUUAGCCUCAGAGGUCCCUAAGAUGAGGAUGCUGGAUAGUCCUCAUGGAAGUAACAGUAAUAACAGUAACAAACCAUCAGACAGCAUGGAGGGCAGUGUUAAACUGGGUCUGGAGGGCUAUGAAGAAACCCAGAAACAUCCAACAGCUGGUAUACCACAGAUGGCGGUGGCUCCUCUGAAUUUGCCCCUAAAAAGCCCCAGAGUUGGGACCGUUUCUCCUCUCAUUUCACCUCAGUCCCCUGGAGGUGGAGGAAAGGAAGCAUUUGUCCCCUCCAGCCCAGUUCAUAAAGGUAAUGCUUUCUGGGCUAUGGUCCCUGCUAUGCCUGCCUCUCCUGCCAGCCGGCCUGGUUCCUUCUCCUACCCCAGUGACGGUGGUGGUGGAGGGGACUCUUUGGGCAGAGGAAGCCAUGGGACACCCUCUCAUCACCGCCACUCCUCCCACAGUAAGGACAUAGACCGCAUGAGCACCUGCUCCUCCACCAGCGAGCAGUCCAUACACUCCACCCAGAGUAACGGGAGUGAAAGCAGUAGCAGCAGCAGCAGUGUGUCCACCAUGUUGGUGACCCAGGACUAUGUGGCAGUGAAGGAGGAUGAGAUCAGUGUGGUGCAGGGUGAGGUGGUCCAGAUGCUAGCCAGCAACCAACAAAACAUGUUCCUGGUGUACCGGGCUUCCAAUGAGCACUGCCCUGCCGCUGAGGGCUGGAUCCCUGGCUAUGUAUUAGGACAUACCUCAUCCUCCAUCACACCCGAACUCCCUGAAGGAACCAUCAAAAAAUCAUUAUCAUGGCACACAGCACUCCGUAUCCGCAGAAAGUCUGAGAAAAGAGACAAGGAGGGCAGGAAGAUGGAGAACGGCUACCGCAAGUCUCAGGACGGCCUGGCCAACAAAGUCUCUGUCAAGCUUCUAAAUCCCAACUUCAUCCAUGAUGCUCCCCCAGAGUUCCUCAUUCCUGUCAGCGAUGUAGCAUGUGAGGGCGGUGACAGCGUUACUCUGAGGUGUAAAGUUUGUGGUCGGCCCCGGGCCACUGUCACUUGGCGUGGACCUGAUAACAACACUCUGAGUAACAACGGAGAGUACAGCAUCACUUACAGUGAGACAGGAGAGGCAUCUCUUCGUAUCCUGAGAGUGUCCGUAGAGGACAGUGGUUUGUACACCUGUGUUGCCUCAAAUGUAGCAGGCUCUGUCACCUCCUCCGCCAGCCUCAGAGUCUCAGGAACCCCUGAUGAUGGCAGUGAAUUCUUCUGGAAAAGCAGCUUUGAGUCCCACUACACAGAGAUCACUGAGCUAGGAAGGGGCCGGUUCUCAGUGACUAAGCGGUGUGACCAGAGAGGGAGUAAACGGACAGUUGCAGCAAAACACAUUAACAAGAAGCUGCUGCUUCGAGAGCAGGUGCUGCAGGAGGUGCGUGUCCUACAGGUUCUGGACCAUCCCAACCUGGUCAAGCUGCUGGACACAUAUGAGACGGCCAACAGCUACGUACUUGUACAAGAGCUGGCAGACCAGGGACGUUUCCUGGACUACAUAGUGAGCUGGGGCAACCUGACAGAGGAGAAGGUGGCUCUCUACCUCAGAGAUAUUCUUGAAGCUCUCCACUACCUGCACAGCUGGAGGAUAGCACACCUUGAUCUCAAGCCAGAGAACAUCGUGGUGGAACAUGCGUCUUCCCAGCCAGUGAUCAAGCUCACAGACUUUGGGGAUGCCACUCAGCUGAACCCUCCCUCCGUCUACAUCCACCCUCUCCUGGGUAGCCCAGAGUUCUCUGCUCCUGAGCUGAUCCUGGGUCAGCCUGCCUCGCCGAUGUCUGACCUCUGGAGCUUAGGGGUGGUGACCUACAUUGUACUAAGCGGCGCCUCUCCCUUCCUGGAUGAGAGUUUGGAGGAGACGUGUCUGAACAUCUGUCGCCUGGACUUCAGCUUCCCUGAGGACUACUUCCAGGGUGUGAGCCCAGCUGCCAGGGACUUUGUCUGCCUGCUGCUCCAGGGCGAGCCGGAGCGACGGCCCUCUGCAGCGUCCUGCCUGCUGGAGCCCUGGCUCCAGCCUCGAGGUGCGCUGCCAACAUCUCAUCACACCUCACAUCUGGACACCUCCAGACUAAUUUCCUUCAUCGAGAGAAGGAAACACCAGAACGAUGUUCGGCCCAUUGGCACCAUUAAGGCCUUCCUUCACAGCCGUCUGCUUAACCACAUCUAACAAACAGGUCCCUAGGUAGAUGUGAAAGUAACAUGUGCUGUAGACACAUGCAAAACCUCCACAGUGAUCACCUUUUCCCUCACUAAGCCACAAAAGUCCUGCUGCUGCUGACUGAUAGAUCUCUGCUGAUAAAACCCCUUGACUCUCCCCAACUCCCCUCCUUAACCUUGGCAUAUUGUCAUUAUGCCUGCACAAACAAAUGAACUGUUGGAAUCUGUUUGAGAUUUCAAACCUUGACUUAGGAGGGAGAGGAAACCAAGCUUUCUCCACAAGCUUCCUUUAGCAAGCUUGAGCAAGUCUUGUGUUUCGGACAGUGUUGAACAGAGGAAAUAGAAUACUGUAUAAUAAGAGUAAUUCAGGCUGCUUUCAGUUGAACACAAGAAAAUGUUUCUUUUCUAACGAGAGAUUACUUUUUGUAAAUGAAACCAUGUACAGUGAGGAAUACAGAGAACUGUCUUUAUUCAUACCUUUUGGAAAACAAAGGUGAGUUAGUGAGUAGAAAGAAAACAAGAGAAAUGAGUUGUGUGAACAAAGUGGCACCCAUCAGCAGGUUCCACUUAUUUGUGAACAAUAUGAAGACCAAAACCAUGUUUUCCAGAAACACAUUAUAGUUACAUUCAGUGCAAUAGUUUGCUUAUCUUUAUGCCCCCGUUCAGUUUGAAAGGUGAAAUCAUUUCAGUUUGUGACACUAAGAGAAAGGAAAUUAACUUAAAAUAAGCAUUAAAGCUAUUAGGCAAAGCUUCUCAGAUUUUUACCUGCAUCCGCCUUAUUUGUAAAUAACGUAUUCCUGCCUUUCAUUCUCAUUUUGAACAUUUUGUCUCAAAUGAUCAAAAGCUAUAUCAUUUGCCGAGUAUUACUGAGACCAUGCAGUUGGUGAAGUAAGUCACUCCCUGCAAGCCCUAAGCAGCUGGAUUUUCACUAUGAAAAAAAAACCGCUACUAGAAAUGCACUCGUAUUUUGCAUCAAUUUCCAUGUGCAAUGUUGCAGCUUUAACAUUUAUGCAACUAUUUAUGAAGACUUUGUGUUGUAGCCGUAUUCUUAAAAAGGCAUGUACGUACCUGGUACUGCGAUAGAUGUCUGUAUUGUGUUACCUCUUAUGUAUUAAGUUCAGUAUUAAUAUCUUCAGAAAACCCCAGACAAGCGGCGGGUUUUUGGAAAUAAUGUUUAAAAAUGUGUAUCUAUAAAAUAUAGGCACUUAUGCUUUCAUUUUGUCAUUGUUAUGUUUUUAUUUUCUGUACCAAAACCAAAGUUAACUAUGCUUUCUUUUCCUGCUAAAAUGUGUUUUUUAUGAUUUCUCAUGUUAAGUUAUAACAGACCACACUGAAUCAGGACACAGGAGUGUUUACAUUGGUUCAGUCUGGCUUUAUUUAUUCUAAUUGUAAUAAGGAAUUGUUUGGUGGUUUCUGAAAAAAAACUAAUAUUUCACUUGUUUCGAGCUGUGCACAAAGUGGUUUGCCGUGUGAGUUUGUUUGGCUUUUGUAGGUAGGUUCUGGUGUGUGUCGCUAGAUUUUUAAGCAUCUCAGUUAUAACCAAGUCAUAAGAAAGACUUGGUUGAUGUUUUAAACAAGCAAUGGGUCUGGAAAAAUGUCUCAUUAUGGCCCGCUCACCACAGAUUUGAAAUUAUUGGAAAAUGCAUUAAACCCUUUUGGAGACACACAAAUCUUGUUUCCACCAAUAGUUAAAAUGUAUCCCUUGGAUAAAAAUAUAAUUCAGCAUUAACAGGUAUCUGACAUGAAAGAGGUCUCUUCCAGUUGUUAUCAUUUGAAUGAGUUGAUGUCUUUAGGUUAUGAAGUUAUUGAAAACUUUUUAUUUUAAAGUGCCAGUUGAGGGAGUCGACCUAGAGAGGUGGGUGGAACUUAAUCGUGUGUUUGUUACUUAUUUUAUUUGAAGGUUGUAAGAGUUACUGUCUGAUUUGAUGUUAAAGAAGUUUGUCUGUACAGUCUCAGUCUCUCAUUUUGUGUCAUUGUUAUUUAUUGGUGUGGAUCUAGGUUUCCCAAAAUCAUGCUGUUAAUCAGUUUAUCAAAUUCUCUCAAAGCCUAUUCAUGGAAGAUUAUGAUCAAAGUAAUAAAAUGCCUUUGGGAAACCCAGCCUAUACAUGAUGUAAAGAUGUACAGAGAGGGUCGGGCAGUUUGCCCACACCCAGGAUGUAAACCUCAUAACUAUGUCAUAUUUUAAAUACAAAUAGAACAAGACUGCAGCAAUGUCAUUUUGAAUGUCUUAUUAUGACUUAUUUUUAUUUUUGCAUGUAUAUUUCUUUGUACAGAAGAUUGUGUUUACAUGUUACUAAGUGUUGUAAAUAUUUUAUUUUGUCCUCUGUUAUUUUGCCAUUAAACAU